UUCUUUUGUAACUACUGCAGGAAGGUUCUUGCUCAUACUUGAAUAUGGACAGGGCAGACACAUGGGGGUUUGUCAGUGGUGGGAGAUGUUUAUAUCUCAAAUUGCUUUUAUGAUUGAUUGUAGCUUACAAGGUCUUCUUAAGUAUUAUUCUUCUAGGCAUAUUCCUGUUUGUUUCCUUCCGUCUUCUUCAUAUGGAUUUGAACGAGAGUGGCCUUCACUUUUCUCGUACCAACGGUAUUACAAAGCUUGAUCACAAUUACGGUGACACUGCUCUCAGCUUGAAAUGCCUUGGAAGCACUCACUACAACCACAAGCUUUGCUCUGAUGUUUCUAACUGUCCUGAUGGUGGUUGCGGCUUGGUUCUCGGUUUAGGUCCAACACCGCCCUCUUACUAUUACAAUGUCAACAAAGUCUCAGCUUCUUCUGGGACUUUUCAAGAACUCUCAUCAGGAGGCAACUCAAUUCUGCAACUCGGUCCUCCCGCUGUCACCACCAUGGAUGCUUUCAGCAGCCUUGAUUGCUCGUUGCUGACAUAUACAGAGACUAAUGUGUCCCAAGCUGAUGAGGGUUCCACCUCUGCAAAGCGAUCUGGUGGCUAUAUGUCAUCGCUUUUCUUCGCUGCAAGGACCGAAACCGUUAGAAAACCUUCAAGAAUGCAAGAGUGGAGUAAUAAUUCACAGCUGAGCCAUCAUGAGUCAGAGUUCUCUGAAAGAACGGUAUCCGCCACAUCUUCUCAGCACAGGACGACCAACCCCAAAAAGUGCAAGUUCAUGGGAUGCACCAAAGGAGCCAGAGGAGCAUCAGGGCUCUGCAUUGGCCACGGAGGUGGUCAGAGAUGUCAAAAACCAGGCUGCAACAAAGGCGCCGAGAGCAAAACCACUUUCUGCAAAGCCCACGGUGGAGGAAAGAGAUGCCAGCACUUGGGAUGUACCAAAAGCGCUGAAGGAAAAACUGAUUAUUGUAUAUCUCAUGGAGGUGGAAGACGCUGUGGGUUCCCUGAGGGAUGCGGUAAAGCUGCGCGCGGCAAAUCAGGGCUAUGCAUCAAACACGGCGGUGGCAAGAGGUGUAGGAUCGAAGGAUGCACAAGAAGCGCUGAGGGUCAAGCCGGGCUUUGUAUCUCGCACGGUGGUGGGAGGCGUUGUCAGUCUCCAGGGUGUACAAAAGGUGCUCAAGGGAGUACAAACUACUGCAAAGCUCACGGUGGUGGGAAACGCUGCAUAUUCGCUGGAUGUACUAAAGGAGCAGAAGGUAGUACUCCGCUCUGUAAAGCUCACGGUGGAGGGAAGCGUUGUAUGUUUGAUGGAGGUGGGAUUUGUCCUAAGAGUGUCCACGGUGGGACGAGCUUCUGUGUAGCGCAUGGUGGUGGGAAGAGAUGUGUGGUUGCAGGGUGUACUAAGAGCGCUCGUGGGAGGACUGAUUGUUGUGUGAAGCAUGGUGGUGGGAAACGGUGUAAGUCUAUUGGGUGUGAGAAGAGUGCGCAAGGGAGUACUGACUUCUGCAAGGCGCAUGGUGGAGGUAAACGGUGCUCUUGGGGAGGAGAUUGGAAGUGCGAGAAGUUUGCUAGAGGGAAGAGCGGUUUAUGCGCUGCGCAUAACAGUAUAGCUCAGGAGAAAGGUGGAAGCAAGAUUGGUUUGAUUGGGCCUGGACUUUUCCGUGGACUUGUCUCUACCUCUUCUCAAACUACUGCUACUACUACUACUACUACAACUGAUCAUUCUCAGUCUGGAGUCAGUGCUGUUUCUGAUUGCACAGACUCCAUUGAUGGCUCGCUACAUCAUCAGCCUGAGAAGAGGCAGAAGGUGAUGAUACCAAUGCAGGUGCUUGUGCCUCCUUCGAUGAAAUCUUUAAGCUUUACGGACGCUGAGAGACCAGAAACGGAAACAAACAACAACAGUGGGAGCAGCAAUGGGAGGAACGUCUUUGACUUUAUGAUUCCGGAGGAGAGAGUUCAUGGCGGUGGGCUAAUGUCUCUGCUUAAUGGCAGCAUGAACAAGACACUCCAUUGAUGGAACCUGAAAGCUUUCUCUGGCUCAUCUGCAAAAAAGCUUAAGAAUCUGUGUAAAGCUUAUGUAAUAUGUAUAGUUUACCUUUGUCUCUUUGAACCUUUGUAUAUUCAUGGGUCUGUGUUUUUGUAUGGUCUUGACUCUACCAUCUAGUCGAUGGCUCGAACCCGAGUCUUAUGUUUAUUUGAUUAUUAAUUUGGAA